AAGAACAGAAUCAAGCAAGGAAACGUGCAACAGUGAUAUAAAAGUCCGGCUUUGCCAAAGUCACACAUCCAGUGAGUGGCAGAAGCAGAUCUUCAGACCCACAGUUUGGCUUCCAAAGGACCACAAAACCCUCCCAGCCUCCAUGCUGCCUUUCCUGGUCACCCUCUUCUUCCUUCACUCUUGCUUCCUCCAAGCAAAUGGCCGCCUCCGCGAAGGAAUGAUGUUGCUGAAGACUGAGUUUGCACUCCGCCUCUACCAGAGCGUGGCUGCGUGUAGAAAUGACACGAACUUUGUCAUCUCUCCCACCGGUGUGUCCCUCCCCCUGGAGAUCCUGCAGUUUGGAGCUGAAGGGAGCACUGGCCAACAGCUGGCAGAUGCCCUGGGGUACACCAUCCAUGACCAAAGGGUGAAAGAUUUCUUGCAUGCUGUUUAUGCCACACUACCCACCUUCAGGCAAGGUGGUGAGAUGGAGCUGACCUGCAGCCUUUUUGUGCAAAUGGGAACGCCGCUGUCCCCCUGCUUUGUGGAGCAGGUCUCCUGGUGGGCCAACAGCAGCCUGGAGCCAGUCGACCUCAGUGAGCCCAACAGCACCACCAUCCAGCCCAGCGAAGGGACCUCCGGACAGACUGCAGGUGAAGGUCCCAGUGAGGGCCCUCGUGGCUGGCCGUGGGAGCACGUUGGUGCAGCAUUUGCUCAGCUGGUGCUUGUGAGCACCAUGUCUUUCCAAGGCACUUGGCGGAAGCGAUUCUCCUCCACAGACACGCAGAUCCUGCCUUUCACCUGUGCCGGCGGCCUUGUCCUUCAGGUGCCCAUGAUGCACCAAAUGGCCGAGGUCAACUAUGGUCAGUUCCAGGACACUGCAGGCCAUCAGGUGGGGGUGCUGGAGCUGCCUUACCUGGGAAGUGCCGUGAGUCUGUUCCUGGUGCUGCCCCGUGACAAAGACAUCCCCCUGAGCCACAUUGAGCCAUACCUCACUGCCAGCACCAUCCACCUCUGGACCACCAGCCUGAGGAGAGCCAGGAUGGAUGUGUUCCUGCCCAGGUUUAGAAUCCAAAGUCAAUUCAACUUAAAAAGCAUCUUAAAUUCUUGGGGAGUCACCGAUCUUUUUGAUCCACUCAAAGCUAACUUGAAAGGAAUUUCAGGCCAAGAUGGGUUUUAUGUUUCGGAAGCCAUCCACAAGGCCAAGAUUGAAGUUUUGGAGGAAGGCACCAAGGCAUCUGGAGCCACAGCUCUGUUGUUAUUGAAAAGGUCUCGGAUUCCUAUUUUUAAAGCAGAUCGGCCAUUCAUCUAUUUCCUGAGAGAACCUAACACAGGGUUUGUCUUCAGUAUUGGGAGAGUUUCAAAUCCCCUAGACUAAAUGCAUGUUAUCCACUUUGAUCGAUGCUUUUCUUCAUAAAGUUAUAAUUUCACUUUGCUAUACCCUUGAAAUUUAAAAAAUGUUCUGAUAAAGUGUAAAAAGAUAAGGGUAUGUGAUUUUCAAUAUUAUAAACCUAAAAAUACUUCGAUUUUUUAAUUUUAUAAGUUUAUUUUGCCUACUCUUAAUCCAAAUCUAUUUUGAUGUUCUUUUCUAUUGGUUAUCCCCCAAACCACUAAAAGGCACAGGAGUGAUCUAUGAAUGGUGAGUGAGUCAGGCCGUAAGAUCGCUUCCUCAGUAAGGAUAUGACAGGCCAUGUUGAAGUGAGGGUGGAGAAUGGUGUGGUUUUCCUUAUCCUGUGAAACUCAGGGGGGAUGCAAAAUGAGCAAAGCCAUCUUAAAGGUGUUUCCUUUCCACUUAGCUUAUAAAUAAAAUAGAAUCUAAGUGUGAGAA